CACAAUCACCGUGAUUUCUUCCACCGCUGGAAAAACGAACCCAACUGCUCAGACUUUAUUUUUUUUUUCCUGCCUGCGUAUACUUCUGCCCUAGACGCGCUCUAGACAUUCUAUAGACCUUGUCGAACUGCAAUACUGUCCUUGCCAUCCUGCCUGUGCAUGAAGCAUACGCCCUCACCUCCACCUGCUUGUCUUUGCUUUUGCUAGUAUCGGUCAGGCAACAUGGCCCCGAUUUUCCUCGGUGACAGCAGCAACAGCGGCCGCAGCAGCAGCAACGAAGCUCCCACGCCCACCGCACCAGAAUCUUUCCUCCCACUCCUCGAGCAAAUCAAACAGGCCGUGCUGCAGGAAGAGAGCCCCGACCGGACGGCCAAAUCUCACUUCCAGCUUCUGGGACUGGUGGACCAACUGCGCCUCGCCAUUGAGAGCCCGACCGAGACGCUGCUGCGGUUGAUCUACCAGCCCCCGCAGAACGCCGCCCUUCGCACCGUGAUGGACAUGAACCUAUUCCCACUGCUCAUGGACCACCGCCCAGCAGGCCUGUCCGCGACCGCGCUGGCCGAGAAGACCGGCGCAGAGCGGGCUUUGAUCGUCCGACUCAUGCGCGUAAUGGCCUCAUUAGGGCUAUGCACGACCCCGGCGGCGGAGCACUACGCCGCGAACGAGAAGACCGCCGCGCUGAUCGCGCCCAUUGGUCGGGACGGGGUGCCAUGCAUGUACGUUUACCCUUUACCUAUGCAUCAGCACAGCAGCAGCAGCAAUAUCUCCCCAAGCCACCUUCACAUCUACUGUACCUCUCAACCCGAAACGAUAUUAACACCCUCCCAAAGCUACGACCUAACACUACCAACCCUCUCCACCCUCCCCACCUACUUCGCCACGCACGCCUACACCACCCCCAAGGAAUACGCCCACGCGCCCAUGAAAUGGGCCGUCGGCGCCAGCCAGUUCGAGUGGCUGGCCGCCCACCAACCCCGCCAGCAGCGGUUCAACUCGUACAUGGCGAGUCGGCGCGCGGGGAAGCCCGAGUGGUUCGAGAUCUAUCCGGUGGCGCGACUGACCGAUCCUUCAUUGCCGCCACUCCACGAAGACGACCCCGAGGCGGUGUUGAUUGUGGACGUAGGCGGGAACCAAGGGCACGAUUUGCUCGCGUUCCAGGCCCGGUACGCUGACCUCCCCGGGCGGCGGGUGCUGCAGGAUUUACCAAAGGUGGUGAAAUGGGAUGUCGGGAGGGGGAUUGAGGCGAUGGGGUGUAGUUUCUUGGAGGAGCAGGUCGUUAAAGCCGCACGAACCUACUACUUCCGCGCCAUCUUCCACGACUGGCCCGACGCCACCUGCCUCCGCAUCCUGCAGAACACCGUCGCCGCCAUGGACCCCGCGCACUCGCGGGUGCUCAUCGUUGACAUGGUCCUGCCCGACACGGACGUGCCGCUGCUCCAGGCCUCCCUCGACAUCCAGAUGAUGAGCAUCGGGGCGGGCGUGGAGCGCUCGGAGCGCCAGUGGCGGGAUCUGUUGGGGAAGGCCGGGCUGGAGGUGACAGGGAUUUGGAAUACGAAUCCCGGGAUGGAGUCGGUGAUUGAGGCUGUUAUCAAGCCAAGGCAGUAAUCUUAUCCUCUACGGUAGGUGAUGGUUUGGGUAUGUGUGGGGAUAGGGGGUUGGCUCGAGAGGCAAAGGCAGUGUUCGGUGUUUCAACUGUGAAUAGGGUGGUGUCUGUGCGUAUUUAGGUCCUAUCGGUACAUGACUUAUCUGGGUAGGGAAGUUGAUAGAUAGAUAGAUAGAUGGUGAUGGUGAUGGUACAGGUAUGAAGGAAGGUCGGCGUUAGGUUGACAACUUGACAGGGCGCUACGUCGUGGGUUAGGGUUUUUUGACAGGUCCAAUAAACUAAAUUAGAAACUCUGUUUCCACCACU